AUGGCAAAGCGCGAGGGCCGCCGGCUCCAGCUCAAGGAGUUUCUGAUUUACAAUACGACUUUCGGACGCAAGGAGGACAACGAACAUGAAAAGCUACUGUACUUUUAUCCCAGCUCCGUGCCCUUUGGCAAGCAGAUGAACUACGUCGGCAUGAGCGAAGCCCUUUUCAACUUUACUUCCUCGUCGUAUCUCCUUUUGCUCACCCACUUUCCGCCCCUUACCCAUCUGUUCAAUUCUUCAAACAACAGCACCUUUUCAAGCAAACCCAUUGAAGUUUUGCACACGCAAAUGGCGCGCCGUGUCUUUCUCAACCCCGAGCCCAACUUUUUCAUGUCCAUGUCUCUCUACCUGAGCUUUACCAGCGGCAAAAAGGAGGGCGAGGAGGUCAACAUGUAUGAUGACCACAGCGUCAUGGAUGCCGCCCUCACCCAACUGUUGCAGAAUGCCUACGAACGCUACCGCCUCCUCCAAGGUACCCUCCAGACGUCGUUGGACCGUCUUGGCCGUGAGCCGCUCAUGGAGCACUUUCGAGAGUUUUUCGAUGACUACCUCCCUCAGCUCGAUAUUCCAAACCUGAACAUUGUCGAUGCACUCAAUGGCAUUCAGUUCCUCCCUUUGGAAAAGAACAGCUACUUGCGGAUACAAUCGUUCAUCUCACACACCGAAACACAGUUCAGCGAUAUCGUGGCGACAGUCGUUCUCUACAAACAAAAUGUCAUUUGGAGUGGUAUCGAGCAAAGCGACCUGGAGCACCUCUACGGCUUUCUCAUGGGCAAGCUGCCCUUGAAUGCACCGGCUCAGGAUACACCUCAAUUCGUAUUCGGCCCUGACAGCGUGAGCGAUGAUGCCAGCCCCAUCACGACGCCGCGUCUCCACGUUGACCUACCAGGCGUGGCAUUGCCCGUGCCGUUGGUGGCCUACUACUCGGCUGGAACCACGUGCUGCUUUCUCGUCAAUGCCAAGAGUGCAAUGGACAUUGGGUUCUAUCGCCGCCUGCAAGCACAGAUUGAGCCACGCCUGCAGGAUCUUAAUGUCAAAUUCGCAGAGAAGCAAGCUCUGCGCCUCAGCUUCGCAAACCAGAUGGCGCAAGAGUACCCAUAUAAGUACAUCUACUAUAACGAUGUCAACAAGGCCAUCAAGUCCACCUUUCUGCCUCUGCUCAAGGGCGAAGGCCAAGCGUCGGCGAGUGCCACUGGCAGCACCGAUGCUGUCAGUUCAACCGCCCACGUUCAGUUGAUGGGGGAGAUCCACCAACACUUUCGUGACACAGUGGGUCCACUAUCCGACAGCGAAAUUUCUGCCAAAGCUCGUUCCGAUCAGUGGGUUGUUGGCCGACGCUCCGAGGAUCGUGAAGUCUUUGUGCACCUUACUGGUCGUGGAUCGGCCAAUCUCAUUGAAAUCAACGAUGAGCUCCGCAAGCUCUCAGCUACCCACUUUGGCAGCAUUUUUCUGUCCGACUAA